AACAUACAGUCUGAGGCCAUUACGAUCUUUGGGUAAGAUUUCCAUCUUUACUUUAAAAAGAUUCUGCGGGAUCCGUCAUUCAGCCCUCGACUCCGACGACCAUUAUGGCCAGCAAAGUCUCACUAGCGGCAGCAAAGGUGGCAAGCAAUAAAGCUGCUCUACAGCGUGUGACAUCCGACUUGACCGCAUCACCAAUUGCAUACUUUGCGCGGACAAGUCGUUUUGAUCCAAGUGCCAGGGUCCAUGCAGGAUCGCGAUUCCAAAGCACAUACGCAAAAGCUAGCACAAAUCUCACGGCCCCAAAAGUGACGACUUCAUGGUUGAGCGCCCUUUUUGGUGGAGGUAACUCGAAACCCAAAGCACAUCGACCAUUUGGCCGGCACGAGGAAGCGCACCUAAGAUUGGCAACGCGCAAGACGAACAAAAUCCUGAAGGCCAACCCGGGGGCACGUGUCGAGCCUAAAUUUCUAUCGGAGGAGGACGCACAAAUGCUCGUCGAGGAAGCUAUGGACGUUAUAAAUAUCUACGGGAUCUCGCAUGUCAGCGAGGAGCAACGGGACUUUCUGGCCAACCAACUGAAGCAUUUUCCUCUGCCGAAGGAGGACCUCAGGGCUCUCGUCAACAUGCAGCGAGUGACAGGGCGAUUUGAAGACGAGGCUCAGAAAUUGGCCCCCUGGGGGUACGGCGAUGACUUCCAGGUCGACCAAGUCCCGCCAGCACUGCGCAAAGUUCUCGAAAGCAUCCAAGAUUCGCCGCAUUUCUGUGUGGGUAAACCGAGGGACAUCACCAUCAACCGGCGCGAGAAAUCAUUCUACCGCCUAGAUCCGCACAUUGACCCCGCCAAGGACGGCGGCAAUGUCUUUAUACUCAGCCUUCUUUCUGGAACCGUCAUGACGCUCACGCCCACGUCCCGGACCAUGCAUCCGGACCAGCACAAGGCGAUGGACACGAGGAAGGUGGCCGAGGUUUCCUGGCUGCCGGGAAAGGAUAUCGAUGUGGAUUUACCUGUGCUGUCCCUGCUGCACCUGAGCGGAGACGCUCGCUACACGUGGUGCCACGGAAUACGCCCAGGGGUAACGCAGUCUCAGAUCAGCGAUUUCAAUCUGGGGGGGGUGAUGUCAGACGAGAUGGAGGGAGUCGACCAGGAGGCUGUGAGGACGCUGGAGGGGUUGCCACUCUGGGAUUGGUGGGGUUCUAUGAAAAAUUUGCGGCGUCGAGGCCCGGAGCGUGUGAGCAUCAUUUUUGCGUUCGCAGACCCAGAAUGAGGUAGCAAGGAGGUCGCGGUAAAUUUUGAGGGGGAAAUGAAGACGAUUUUGUAG